CCAAAUACGAAAAAUAGAAAAAUAGAAAAAUAAAAGAAAAGAUUUCCCCAUCUGCUACUCCUUCCUCCAAUUUUAUUUGAAGAUUCAAUUUUGAGAAUCAAGCCCUUCUAACCUUCGAUUUUUGCUAUCAGAGGCAUCACCAUUGCACCUGAGUGAGAGAAAGAGAGUAAGACAGCUUCACCGCCACCUGCUGCAGUGCCGCCGCCAUUAAUGGAUUUCUCCGCUCUGAAUGAAGCACUGGCUUUCAAGUCCUAUGACAAGGUCGCAGACAUAUGUGACAGUCUCAUGUUCCAGGCUGCAUCUGAGGGCGUCUCUUUUCAGGAAGACUGGCCUUACGCCAUUCAUCUCAUCGGCCACAUCUACAUCAAUGACAUUAAUAGCGCAAGGUUCUUGUGGAAGAAGAUACCACUGUCAGUGAAAGAGAGCCAGCCAGAAGUAUCAGCCGCGUGGAAAAUUGGGCAGAGGUUGUGGAUUAAGGAUUACGCCAGUGUUCAUGAGGCUAUUCGUGAGUUUAUCUGGAGUCCACAGUGUCAGGGAAUCAUGACAGCUUUCUCAGAAAUGUACACCAAAAGGAUGUUUGAACUGCUACAAUCAGCUUAUUCAACAAUAAGCAUUCAAGAUACUGCUCUUUUCCUCGGAAUGAAUGAGGACGACGCAAAAAAUUAUGUAGUGCAACACGGCUGGACUGUGGACCCUGCAUCCCGGAUGCUCACAGUGAAGAAGCAGACCGUUGUGAAUGAACAGAAACUGGAUCAUAGUAAAUUACAGCGGCUAACUGAGUAUGUCUUUCACCUCGAGCACUGAUGCACCGAGUCGGAUGCAUAUUCAUUUGGCUAUUCGCAUCGAUGGAGCUUGAGCUGUUCAUAUGUCUUUCUUUUUAUCGACAGAGAUAUUUUACAAUCUCUUCCAUUGAUCUAUGACUGGCCGAUCUUUUAGCUUUUACAUAUACUUUCUCCGUCCAUUAAUAAGAGUUCUACUUUUUGUACUUAA